UUUUUGGUAGCCAUUAUGACAUGGCGGCUUCACAGCGAAGGUGCCCAGUGAUGGUAGAACGAUAAUGGAAGGGGUGCGGCCGUGCAGAGGAAAAAGUUGGUAGGAGGCUCUUUUCUUUUCUUUGUUUUUGAAAUGGAGUCUCGCUCUGUCGCCCAGGCUGGAGUGCAGUGGCAUGAUCUCGGCUCACUGCAACCUCCGCCUCCCAGGUUGAUGCCAUUCUCCUGCCUCAGCCUCUCCGAGUAGCUGGGACUACAGGCGCCUGCCACCACACCUGGCUAAUUUUUUGUAUUUUUAGUAGAGACAGGGUUUCACUGUGUUAGCCAGGACAGUCUCGAUCUCCUGACCUCAUGAUCCACCCGCCUCGGCCUUCCAAAGUGCUGGGAUUACAGGCGUGAGCCACCGCGCUCGGCCCGGUGGAAGGCUCUUUUCAACAUAAAGUCACAGAAAGACUUAGUCAAUAUGUGGUUGGAACUCCUCCUUCCCCUUUUUCCCUCCUCUCUUUCUCUCCCUCUCUCUUUCCCUCCCUUUCUUCCAGAAGCAUUCCUUUUAAAAAACAUUUAAAAAAAAUAACUCUGAUGUUUUGUAUGGAAUGCUUCACGAAUGUGCGUGUCAUCCUUGUGCAGAGGCCAUGCUAAUCUUCUCUGUAUCGGUCCAGUUUUUAGUGUAUGUGCUGCUGAAGCAAGCACCACAGGCAUUCUUUUAUUGAUUGAUUGGUUGAGACAGGGUCUCGCUUUACCACUCAGGAUGGAGUGUAGUGCCACGAUCUUGGCUCACUGCAACCUCCACCUCCUGGGUUCAAGCGAUUCUCCUGCCUCAGCCUCCCCAGUAGCUGGGAUUAAAGGCAUCUGCCACCUCACCUGGCUAAUUUUUUGGGUACUUUUAGUAGAGAUGGGGUUUUACCAUGUUGGCCAGGCUGGUCUCGAAUGCCCGACCUCAGGUGAUCCGCCCGCCUCGGCCUCCCAAAGUGCUGGGAUUAUAGGCGUGAGCCACCGCGCCCCGCCCGAGUCAGGUUUUUUGAUUGCAAAAGAUGGGAACUGAUUCUGGCUAAUUAAAUCAGGAAAUGAAUUUUAUUGAAAGCACAUUGAGUAAGUUACAGAAUCACUUGAAGGCUGUAAAAACAAGGCUUGGGAAAUAAGCAGAAACAGAGAGACCAGGUACCUGGAAUUACACCAAAUCCCAUCACAGAGCCAGAUAGGUGAGGACAGCCUCAGUGCUGCUGCUGCUGAAUGCCCAGUGCCGCUGCCUUCGUCACAGCCACAGCUGGCAUUGGAUGCAGGAUGCCAUGCUGACCCCAGUGGCAAGGCUGUCUGGACACUGGAUACUGCUGCCACUGCUGCAACCACUGUAAAGAAUUUUUUCCAUCCCCACCUCCAGCCUCAGAAAUCCUAAGCAAAUGCAGCUGAUUGGUCAAGCUGCCCUAGCUGCCUAGGGACAUGCAAAAGUGAAUAUUGGGCAUGGUUAAUGUCUGUAGUGGGAGUCGUUUCCUGCUGCCCACCAGGAGAAGAUAAAUUCCCCAAGAAAACUGACAAAUGACGACUACGUACAUGUUGUCAAAGAAUCCACUAGAAGUCCUUGACAUUUGCAGAUUCAACACUUGCAAUUUCAGAAAGGCCUUGGAAAGCGGUGGUUGCGCCAGACAGCCCAGGGAAGAGCCGCAGCCUGAGGACCUAGGGCCACCUGCUGUUCCCUGGGAUUCAUGUCCUUCUGGGGAGGAGGGAGGACCCAGGACAAUGGCUGCUGUUCAUGAUCUGGAGAUGGAGAGCAUGAAUCUGAAUAUGGGGAGAGAGACGAAAGAAGAGCUGGAGGAAGAGGAGAAAAUGAGAGAGGAUGGGGGAGGUAAAGAUCGUGCCAAGAGUAAAAAGGUCCACAGGGUCGUCUCAAAAUGGAUGCUGCCUGAAAAGUCCCGAGGAACAUACUUGGAGAGAGCUAACUGCUUCCCGCCCCCCGUGUUCAUCAUCUCCAUCAGCCUGGCCGAGCUGGCAGUGUUUAUUUACUAUGCUGUGUGGAAGCCUCAGAAACAGUGGAUCACCUUGGACACAGGCAUCUUGGAGAGUCCCUUUAUCUACAGUCCUGAGAAGAGGGAGGAAGCCUGGAGGUUUAUCUCAUACAUGCUGGUACAUGCUGGAGUUCAGCACAUCUUGGGGAAUCUUUGUAUGCAGCUUGUUUUGGGUAUUCCCUUGGAAAUGGUCCACAAAGGCCUCCGUGUGGGGCUGGUGUACCUGGCAGGAGUGAUUGCAGGGUCCCUUGCCAGCUCCAUCUUUGACCCACUCAGAUAUCUUGUGGGAGCUUCAGGAGGAGUCUAUGCUCUGAUGGGAGGUUAUUUUAUGAAUGUUCUGGUGAAUUUUCAAGAAAUGAUUCCUGCCUUUGGAAUUUUCAGACUGCUGAUCAUCAUCCUGAUAAUUGUGCUGGACAUGGGAUUUGCUCUCUAUAGAAGGUUCUUUGUUCCUGAAGAUGGGUCUCCGGUGUCUUUUGCAGCUCACAUUGCAGGUGGAUUUGCUGGAAUGUCCAUUGGCUACACGGUGUUUAGCUGCUUUGAUAAAGCACUGCUGAAAGAUCCAAGGUUUUGGAUAGCAAUUGCUGCUUAUUUAGCUUGUGUCUUAUUUGCUGUGUUUUUCAACAUUUUCCUAUCUCCAGCAAACUGACCUGCCCCUAUUAUAAGCCAAUUAAUAAAAAGAGCCAUCUGGAGGAAAUAAAAAAAAAAGGAAGACUCUAUGAAGAAACAGAGAAGUCUCAGCAAAGGCUAACAAUUUUAUGUAGAGGACAAAACAGCAUUAAACUCAUCAGUUGCAAAGAUUGCCUAUAAAAUGACUUUAGGAUUUAAGGAAGGGGCUUCUUAAUGUAGAAAGGGAAGAAGAAGAGAGAAAAGAAGGGUAGUAAAAACUAGAGAUUGGGGCCAGGUGCAGUGGCUCACGCCUGUAAUCCCAGCACUUUGGGAGGCUGAGGCGGGUGAAAUCACCCGAGGUCAGGAGUUCGAGACCAGCCUGACCAAUAUGGUGAAACCCUGUCUCUACUAAAGAAAAUACAAAAAUUAGCCGGGCGUGGUGGCAUGUGCCUGUAGUCCCAGCUACUUGGGAGGCUGAGGCAGGAGAAUUGCUUGAACCUGGGAGGCAAAGGUUGCAGUGAGCCGAGACUGCACCACUGCACUCCAGCCUGGGUGACAGAGCGACACUCAGUCUCAAAAAGCAAAACAAAACAAAAUGAAACAAAACAAAACAAAACAAAACAGAGAUUGGGUCUUUCCCAGGCAUAUGGUAUUCUAUAAAACAGACUUACUCUCCUUGGAGGAUAUAUUUUGGAGAAUGCUUCAUAAAAUCUAUGAAUACUGUACGAUGCUGAUAAUAAAAACUUUUUAUACCUC